AUGUCCGGAUUAAACGAGCUAUAUAAGGGCCAGAAUGAUCCAUCAUGUAAUGUGACACUUGAAAUCGAUGGAAUCGAGGUUUUGAAAGCUCACGGAAUCAUUUUAGCCAUCAACAGUGCUUAUUUUGAAACUGCGCUUCGUUCAAUUCAUCACCCACAAUGUAAUACAAUAUUUGAUCUCGAUUCAAAAAUAAUAAAAUUUUCAAGAAAUGUGCUAUUGGAAAUUGUAAAUUAUAUGUAUACUGGUGUUAUAGCGAUCGAAAAAGAAAAUUUGGAAGCUGCAAAGUUUUUAGACUGUAAAGAGCUCGUGACGUUUUUAGAAGAAAGGUUUAAGGAAAACCAGGAUUCAACGGUUCAAGAUGAUCCGUGUGUUGAGAAAAUUCGUCAAAUUGGUUCUGUUGGACAGAAAGCAGCGGUGACGUUGGAGAUUGGAGAAGACACAUUAUUCCUGAACAUACAUGAUGCGAAACAAAUCAUAAAUUUCAUGUAUUGUGGAAAAUUGACGAAUCUGAACAAGAAUCGCCUACAAUUACUUCGAAUUUCAUCAGAGAAGCUCAAAUACUUGACUCUUGCACAAUUGAUCACAAUGAUGCUCAAAAAGAUUGAAACUAAAGAGCAAGAAUAUCGAAAAAUAACGAAACGGAAAGUGAUAUCCGAGGAAAAAAUGAUCGAGGUUGAUCUACAGGAUGAAUAUGCCAUGGUUUACAAUGGUUACGUGAAAGGUCCUUCGAGGAAAAGGAAGACGAAACUAGUAGAAAUUCAAGAUUCUGGAGAAGGAACUUCGAAUUCAUGCGAGGGUAAUAAUGAUAUUGAACAGCAAGAGGAGGUGACAAAAAAUCCAUUAAAAUGUUCCAAAUGUGAUCAACUAUUUGAAACGAAAGAAGCUCAAGAAUCGCAUGAGAGAACAAUUCAUUCCGUCGAUCUCCCUUACGUGUGCGCAGUUUGUGGUAUCGGAUUCAAGGUUCAGUCGAACUUUGCGAGACACAGACGAUCUCAUACUGGCGAAAAACCAUAUGAAUGUAAGCAGUGUGGAGCUACUUAUGCGGAUAAAAAAUAUAUGGAUCGGCAUAUUCUUCGUGAGCAUUUCAAUGCCACCGAAAUACUUUGUGCAGCUCCGGGAUGUCGCUCGAAAUUUUGGCGCAAUGAUCGUUAUUUAAUUCAUUAUAAAAAUAAUCAUGGCGGAUUUCCGAAUAAUUUGUAUGGUUGA